CGGCGCUGCGUACGUGAGUUUGACGUUGAGCAUGGCCGAAGUCUCGAGUGCAUUGCCCUUUGGCGGUGGCGUCUUUGGUCUCAGUCGGUGUUCGCUGGGGUACUACCUCGGCUUUGUCGUCGGCGCGUGCGAGUGUCUCUACUACAUUCUGUACACGAGUGCACUCACGCUCACGCUUGGCGACCUCGUGGCGCCGACGCUCGGGACGGUGUUUGUGCCGCUCAUCUGGUUUGGCACGCACGCGGCCGCUGUGCUAUUUCACAUUCUUCAGAACCGGUGGUUUUGGCACCUCACUGCCGGCGUCGUCGUCUUCGGUCUUGGUCUAGUUGCGCUCUACUGCGCAGGCGUGUGGCGCGCCUUGCAUGACGAGGUGUCGGCAAAGGCUGCGUCGUCCGACAGUGGCUGGACCAUACUGAAGCUGCUGCCUCUGUACACCCACAGUUUUAUCGGUAUCGACGCGCUCUCGUCAUUCGCCGACCACGUCCAACGACCAAUCGAUAUCGUGCCGGUGGGACAAGCCCGCGGGUCGUACUCGGUGCUUAUUGUCAGUGCGCUGGUGUUUGCGUCCUCGACGAUCGUGCCACCGACGACGACAGCGGGGGGACUCACCCGAGGUUUUCAAGAGGUGCUGGGCAUCGAUGAGUCGUCGGCGGCCCUCGUCUCGCUGCCUCUGCUAAUUCCUGCGAUCGGCGCCUUCGUCCUCACCUCGUCCAACAUCCUCACGGGUCUUGCCAAGUCGAGUUUGGUCUAUCGCCGCCUGGCCCGGCCACUACUGGGAUACAACUGCUACCCUCGAACGCUCGUCGUCUGCAGCCUAUUGAGCUUCGGCCUCGCGUGGCUGGCCCAAACAAUUCCCGUUCUUGGUCGGAAUCUGUACAAUGUGUCCUUCCUCUUUGCAAUGCCGACCUACAUGGCCCACGCGUACGGGUUUUUGUACCUUGGCGCCAAGUUUCCAGCACACAAGCGUUCGUUCGUGUCGCCCUUGGGGCGAAUGGCGGGAGUCUACGCCAUUGGUAUCUUUGGGCUCUGCUGGAUCUCG